CUUGUACUAUCUUAUUGCUGAAUUCAGAAAAAUGUUGUAGUACUUUGAGUUGUUGCAAAGUGUCCUUGUUUACAUGUUCUUGAUGGAGAAGAACGGACGAAAAUGAAACAACGCACAGAGUGAUCGAUUUUGAAGGAAAAUGAGUGGAGGGAGACACUCGUGACUACCUUCAAGUUCAGUCAUUCGUUUCAUUUUUACUUUUAGAAAAAGUAAAGUUCGUCUUUCAGCAGCAAACACGACAACACCAACUCGUUGUCUCGAUCAUCGUCUCCACCACCUUGGGCAUCAAACCAAGACCUGCCCACACUGGUAUCCUCAAGCAACACAACAAUGGCAAUCAUUCCACAUCCUCCCAUUGUUUGGGAACAGGUCCGAGUAGUGGACUUGUUCUUUCUGCUGGCACUGGGGUCAGUUACCGAGUUGAUCUUUCGCGGCAGUGUCUUGAUGCUGAAGUUGAAACCGGCCUCGUUAAAACAAAAGGAAAACUUGUUCCACAAGUGCGGAUACGAUACCGAUCUGCUGCGAAAAAAGGGACCUUCGGCAUUUGUCGAGACGAGCAAGAGCGAACGACAAUUGUUGGCACUGGACAGAGAACUCCAAAAAAUCUAUCAACAACGACAAGCCCAACGAGAAUCCGCCGACAAGCUAUUCAAAAACUUGCGCAAUGUACUCGGGGCAAUCGUCUUUAUCCUCUAUUUGGGAGUCCCCAUCGUAUCCUUUUCCUCCGUGGACUCCACGUCGUUGAUCGAAAAGGAAUCCAUCUUGGCGCCGCUCUUGUUUCCCAUUUCCGUCAUGGGCAUGGGAUUUCGAAUCAGCAAAUGGGGACUCGCUCUUGGGAAUGACGCUAACGCGGUAGAAGUACUGGGAGAGUCACUGUCGGCACUGAUCCCGUUCUGGGCAGCCUCCAGUUUUGUCGCUCAAGUCAUGGAUGGAGUCGAGUACUUGAUGCUGGUGGGCUAAAAAGUACACUCCACCCAGGUAUAAACACAACGGACUGAUCCCAGCAAUCUGCUUGCCGUAGAUCUGCUCUGCGGAGGACAAAUAAAGUUGAAGGCAAUAGCUGCUGAAGUUGUUGCCAUACCAUUCGGUUGGACCAGGCCAUGCAACAGCAGUCCACUUUCCCCAAGAAUGAUUCGAUUCAAUCUACAAACAUACCAAAUAAUAUGAAAGACCAGUUACUGUUC